GAUUGGGCUUCAUUCAUCUCCUUCUGUUAGUUUAGGUUUUAAUCGAUAGAAGAGUCUUAACACCGACCAACAACAGGAAGAAAAGAACCACAUUUCAAUCCCCAACAUCUUUCCGGUUAUUGAUUUUGUGAUUUCCUCCUGCAGAAAUCACCUUAUCCCUGUUAUUUGGGGAAAGUGUCUUGGAUUUCAGUUUGUUUACUUAUUUUCAAAUGGGGGAUGCAGAAGAUGCCUUUCCACCCUCAAAGAAGAGAGCUGCUGGAAGGCAACUAUCUCGAGAAAACCCUGGUCUUGAUGAUGAGGAAGAGGCCUCUGAACAAGAGACUGGAAGCUUUAAGAGAGCAAAUGAUGAGGUACUUGCAAAUAGAAAAUUUGUCAAAGUUUGUCGACAUCAAACAUCAGCAGCCCCAUCGGUCCCUUCUUCUAAUCCCUUUGCAGGGAUUCGCUUGGUCCCUCCUCCCAUUUCCAGUGCUACAUCUGUACUUACUACUGAAGCAAAAAGUGAGAAAACAGUUGCAGGAGAUGUGGAUGGGAAAUAUGAUGUGAAUGAGGAACCUGGGAAGGAAAAAGAUGAAAACGAUAAAUCAUCAGAAAACAAGGUCGAUGAGGCAGGAGCUAAAUCUACUCAAUAUGAGGAGAAAACUGAAGCAGUGGAUGAGACAACCAAACCUUAUUUAGCAGAUGUGAAGGCAACAGAAGGUGAUAAAACUCAGAAUGGAAACUGUGACAUUGCUGAGGGUGUUAAAACUGAAGACAAAAAUGAUGAUUGUAAUGGGAAUAUAGUAAAGGUUGCAGAAACUGCUUCCUUGAACUCAUUUCAGCAGCUUUCAAGCAGCCGAAAUGCCUUUACAGGACUUGCUGGAACUGGAAUUUCCAAUUCUACAUUCUCGUCUGGGUCAAUUCCAAGAGAUGGAUCGCCAUUAGGUUCUGGUUCUCUUGUUGGACUGAAUGAUGACCAGUCUUCUUGUCCUUUUUUUGGCUCUGGUCUAUCUAAUAACGGAAGUUCUUCCCUUUUUGGCAUGCCUGGGGUAGCUAUUGGUACUAGGAGUGAGGGAAGCAGAUUUCCAUCUUUGCAGGAGGUACCUGUUGAGACGGGGGAGGAAUAUGAGAAGGCUGUUUUCACAUCUGAUUCUGCACUGUUUGAGUAUCUUGAUGGUGGGUGGAAGGAGCGUGGAAAGGGAGAACUUAAGGUGAAUGUGUCCACAACUGGGACGGGAAAAGCCAGACUUGUUAUGAGAGCUAGAGGAAAUUAUAGGCUUAUUCUGAAUGCGAGUCUCUACACGGACAUGAAGCUGACAAACAUGGAGAAGCGAGGAGUCACUUUUGCUUGUAUGAAUAGUACAGGUGAAGGCAAGGAUGGUCUUUCUACAUUUGCCUUGAAGUUUAAGGAUGCUUCAAUUGUUGAAGAAUUUUUUGCGGCAGUUGCAGAAAAUAAAGGUAAAACAGCUGCUGUUCUGAAGACACCGGAAAAUUCUCCAAAGGCCUCAGAUGAUUAAAGGUGCGCAAUAUUAAUGCACAGAGAACUCUAUUUUCUGUCAUAGUGUCACCUCUGGCAGCUGUCCUGUUUUAUUUUUCUCGGGGAAAUUAAAGAAAAAAAGAAAAAGAAAAAGAAGAAAAAAAAAGAACUUACUGAGUUCGGUUGCUUGUAAACCCUGUUAUAGAACCCUAUCGACUAUAUUGCUUAUAUUCCAUAGCUGUUGAGCGAAUAUUCUAAUCAUUUUGGGUAAAUCCUGGGUUCUGACUACACAAUAUACAAUCUGAAGACAUGGAAAGCUAGACAUGGUUUUAUUGUUGUCUUACACAUUAAAUUGUAAUGUUGUAGGUUGGAUAUUUGAUUUACUCAUGUUUUAUUCAGCUGAAAGAUUACUAGUCUGAUGUCAAAACUCCCGUUCUUUCAAUUUUGUCAUAAAUGGAACUUGUUCAGGCAGUUCUUUACGGGAUGAUGAUUGGUUUAUGGUACAACGGUGGGGAAAUGAAUUUGAUGAGCAUCUUGUUGUUCAUAAAAGUUGGGGGUAAUAUAAUCCUUACACAUGACAAGGGCCAUCCUAUUCAACUCUCAGGCAUUACAAUUCGUUUACUAGACAAUUAGAGGAUGAGAUCAAAAUGCUUGGGGAGAAGCAAAUCGUGUGAGAAAAAGAUCUAUUGACAAAAUAGAUGGUUUGAAAGCUCGAUAUGUGAGUUUGAUGUCAGUCUGUGUCAAGAGCUAACUUGGGGUUUCCUAUGAUUUGAAAAAAAAAAGUUGUAACCUAGUUGGAAAAUUCUCUUUCUCGUGAGUGGAUUUGAUACCAUGUUGAGAUUUCUAUGAAAAAUAUCAUGUGUUCAUUA